UGACAUGAUACUCAAAUGUUCCCUAUACCCAUCAUGAAGUUGCUACAACCUAGUGAGAGAGAGAGAGAGACGAGCCCCAGUGUGUUCUGGGAGAUGAGAUGUUGUUUUACCCAGGAGUCUCCUCCAUAAUAAUCUGAGCAUGAAGGGUCUCACAUACACACACACUUUUUCCAUAUCCCCAGUAGGGUUUCUCUCUGGGAGAUAUGCAGCUCUACUUAACGCCAGACAGACAGGAUUCUGAGGAGAAGUUGGGACGUUAAAACAGGACACUGAGGAGGAGUUGGGACAUUAAAACGACACUGAGGAGGAGUUGGGACAUCAGGACACUGAGGAGGAGUUGGGACAUUAAAACAGGACACAGGAGGAGUUGGGACAUUAAAACAGGACACUGAGGAGGAGUUGGGACAUUAAAACAGGACACAGGAGGAGUUGGGACGUCAGGACACUGAGGAGGAGUUGGGACAUUAAAACAGGACACAGGAGGAGUUGGGACAUUAAAACAGGACACUGAGGAGGAGUUGGGACAUUAAAACAGGACACUGAGGAGGAGUUGGGACAUUAAAACAGGACACUGAGGAGCAGUUGGGACAUUAAAACAGGACACUGAGGAGGAGUUGGGACAUUAAAACAGGACACUGAGGAGGAGUUGGGACAUUAAAACAGGACACUGAGGAGGAGUUGGGACAUUAAAACAGGACACUGAGGAGGAGUUGGGACAUUAAAACAGGACACUGAGGAGCAGUUGGGACAUUAAAACAGGACACUGAGGAGGAGUUGGGACAUUAAAACAGGACACUGAGGAGCAGUUGGGACAUUAAAACAGGACACUGAGGAGGAGUUGGGACAUUAAAACAGGACACUGAGGAGCAGUUGGGACAUUAAAACAGCACACUGAGGAGGAGUUGGGACAUUAAAACAGGACACUGAGGAGCAGUUGGGACAUUAAAACAGCACACUGAGGAGGAGUUGGGACAUUAAAACAGGACACUGAGGAGGAGUUGGGACAUUAAAACAGGACACUGAGGAGGAGUUGGGACAUUUCAUGCAGGGAUGACACCACUGAUUGCCUGGCUGAUGGUGUUUCUCUGUGAUCUGACAGCAGGGGUGGAGCGUCCUGAGGUGAUGUGUCGUCGGUCCUGUGAGGAGCUGAAUGAUCUGUUAUCAGAGCUGCAUGGCCUCCACAUCGUUACCACUAGUCUGCUGCACGACCUUCAGAGAGCUACAGAGGAGAAUGAGGCAUUGCGUGAAGCUCUCUCUGAGCUGGGCAGCAGUUUGGACAGAGAGGGAGGAGGAGAAGAUGAUGAAGAGGAGAGAGUGUGUGUGCAGGACGGACGUGUGUAUCAGCGGGAGGAGGACUGGGUUUCAGACAGCUGCACAUUCUGUACCUGCCAGGAGGGGAAGGCAGUGUGUCGGCAGGUCACCUGUCCUCCAGUAAUAUGUUCCAGUCCUUCCUUCACUGAAGGGGAAUGCUGCCCUGUGUGUCUGGGGUUGGGAAGUGAAGAUGGAUGGUCCCCAUGGUCGGAGUGGACGGAAUGUUCGGUCACCUGUGGGCGUGGCUUCCAGCGGAGAGGGCGAUCUUGUGAUGAUGUCUCCACGUCCUGUUCUGACUCCUCCCUCCAAACCCGCAGGUGCACCCUGGGAAGUUGUGAAAGCCGAGUCCAUGGGAACAGCGGCUGGGGCCUGUGGUCUCCGUGGUCUGCAUGUUCUGUGUCGUGUGGUUCAGGUCUCGUUGUGCGUGUUCGACUCUGCAACUUCCCCCUCGCUCAGCGCGGGGGCAGCGGCUGCCGUGGCAACACUACAGAGACACAUCCCUGUGACGCUACACCCUGUCCAAUUGUCGGGGUCUGGGGACCGUGGUCUUCCUGGUUACCAUGCAGUGUGUCGUGUGGCAGUGGGCUGAUGAUUCGUCAGCGGGAGUGUUCUAACCCCGCCCCCCGGCAUGGAGGCAGGAACUGUGUGGGAGAGACGGCCGACUACGCAGCCUGCAAUACACAACCCUGUCCAAUAGACAGCUGUCUUUCUAGGCCCUGCUUCCCUGGGGUCUCCUGCCACUCUGAGACUGAUGGCUCAUGGGAAUGUGGGACCUGUCCACUGGGUUACCAUGGAAAUGGCUCUGUCUGUGAAGACCAGGAUGAAUGUGUGUUGCAGGGUGUGUGUGUGACCGAGUGUGUGAACACAGACCCAGGGUUCCACUGUCACCCCUGCCCCCCCCGAUAUCACGGCAACCAACCCUACGGUCUCGGACUGGAAGAUGCCAACAACACCAAACAGGUCUGUGAGCCCCACAACCCCUGUAAAGAUAAUACACACUGUUGCAGUCAGCAUGCGGAGUGUGUGUACCUGGGCGUGGCGUCUGAAACUGUGUAUCGGUGUGUGUGUGGCGUUGGCUUCGCUGGGGACGGCUUCCUGUGUACUGAAGAUUCUGACCUAGAUGGCUGGCCCAAUCAUAUCCUUCCCUGCCACCACAACACAACCUACCACUGUCUACAGGAUAACUGCCCCGCCCUGCCAAACUCCGGACAGGAAGACCUUGACAAUGAUCGCCUUGGAGAUGCCUGUGACCCUGAUGACGACAACGACGAUGUCUUAGAUGAGAGGGAUAACUGCCCUGGACACUACAACCCCCAUCAGUUUGACUCUGACAGAGAUGGAGUUGGAGACCGCUGUGAUAACUGUCCCUUCACCCCCAACCCUUUACAGACUGAUACAGACAGCAACGGAGAGGGAGACGCCUGCAGUAUCGACAUGGAUGGAGACGAGAUGCUGAACGAGCAUGAUAACUGUCCCCUGCUGUAUAACACUGAGCAGAGAGAUACAGACCUGGACGGAGUGGGGGACCAAUGUGACAACUGUCCUUUCGUGCACAACCCUACACAGACUGAUUCAGACAGUGAUCUGGUUGGUGAUCACUGUGAUGAUAAUGAGGAUAUAGAUGAGGAUGGUCAUCAGAACUCCCUCGACAACUGUCGCUACGUUGCCAAUAGCAACCAGGUUGACCAUGACAGAGAUGGCAUUGGCGACGCCUGCGACCAUGAUGAUGACAACGAUGGUAUCCCUGAUGACCGUGACAACUGCCGACUUGUGCCGAACGCUGACCAAAUAGACGCAGACAAUGAUGGUCGUGGUGAUGCUUGUAAGGAUGACUUUGAUAAUGACAGUAUACCAGAUGCACUAGAUGUUUGCUCAGAGAACAGUGGUAUUGGAGUUACAGACUUCAGGAAGUUUCAGACGGUUCUGUUGGACCCUCAGGGGACCACUCAGUCUGACCCUCUGUGGGUGGUCCGAGGACACGGAACCGAACUGCUACAGACUGCAAACUCUGACCCUGGCAUCGCCUUGGGUUUUGAUGAGUUCCGUGCGGUAGACUUCAGUGGGACAUUCUACGUGAACACAGACCGUGAUGAUGACUAUGUAGGGUUUGUGUUCUCCUUCCAGUCCAGCAGACGGUUCUACGUUGUCAUGUGGAAACAGGUCAGCCAGGCUUACUGGGAGAAGAGUCCUUCCAGGGCAUUUGGGAACGCUGGUGUCUCUCUCAAAGUGGUCAACUCAAGCUCAGGCCCUGGGGAGGCCCUCCGCAACGCCCUGUGGCACACAGGAAACACCAUACAGCAGGUUCGCACACUGUGGCAUGACCCCAACAACACGGGCUGGAAGGACUACACUGCCUACCGCUGGCACCUCAUCCACCGACCCAAGACCGGCUUCAUAAGGAUAGUGGUGUCUGAGGGCAGGUCCAUCCUAGCUGACUCUGGGCCGGUGUAUGACAGAACUCUGGCUGGAGGGAGACUCGGACUGUUUGUCUUCUCACAAGAACAUAUCCUCUUCUCUGACCUCAGAUACACUUGUAGAGAUAACUGAGAUCUGUUCAUACUGAGAUAAUGCUGCACCCCUUCGUCCUCCAUCCUCCUCCAGUCCUCCGUCCACCAAUUCACCCUCCUCCAGUCCUCCCUCCACCACUUCACCCUCCUCCAGUCCUCCCUUCUCCAGUCCUCCCUCCUCCAGUCCUCCCUGCACCACUUCACCCUCCUCCAGUCCUCCCUGCACCACUUCACCCUCCUCCAGUCCUCCCAGCACCACUUCACCCUUCUCCAGUCCUUCCUGCACAACUUCACCCUCCUCCAGUCCUCCCUGCACCACUUCACCCUCCUCCAGUCCUCCCUCCACCACUUCACCCUCCUCCAGUCCUCCCUGCACAACUUCACCCUCCUCCAGUCCUCCCUCCACCAC